CCAUGCUGCGUGGGGCACGUUACCGCCUUCUCUCUAAAGCCGCUCAUACUCGUUCGCGGCACGCGAUGUAAACAUUGACCGGUCAAAGGACUAGUGUAUUCUUGUUUCACACAGUGAGAAGUGAAUUAAAGUUUAAUAGAAUAAAAAGGAAUAGUACAAAUGUGUUUUAAAAAUGUAUCAUUUGCUUCCUCUUUUGUUGAUGAUAUUAAGUGUUAAAUCGACAUUAACCUCGCGAGGUUUAGACAAUUGUAUUCCCGCGAGGAGUGAUAAGGGAUCAACCUUGUGUCAUGUUCGAACUCUCGAUUCCGGUGGAUCCAGCUUAGAUUCAGCAUCAGAGUACACAAAGCGGCUUACAAUAGAAUGUAACCAGCUGUUGUUUUUCGAAAGUUCGCUUGAAGCAAACUAUUUUCAAAGAUUUACAACACUCGCCGAACUAUCUCUUCGGAACUGCAAACUUCUCAAAAUACCGGGGAACGCGUUCGAAGGAUUACGUGAGUUGAAAAAGUUGUCGAUUCGAUCAAAAAACUACGAUUGGAGCCCGAAUAAAAACUUAGAACUCUCUUUGGGAACCUUCAACGGAUUAAAAGAACUUCAGAUUCUUGAUUUGGGAAAAAAUAAUUUAAAAUCUGUACCCUCUGAUGUUUUUUGUCCUCUCGGCAACUUGCAAGUGUUGAAUAUAACUAAUAAUAAGAUAAAAAGUAUAGAUCGAAUUGGCUUUGGAAAAAAUUGUGGUCCAGGAUUAACAAGUUUGGAUUUAAGUUAUAAUGAACUUAAGUCAUUAAGCGAAGAGAGUGAAUUUACAGGACUUCGAAGACUUCAAGAGUUGAGACUUCAGCAUAAUAAUAUAACAGACGUCUCAGGUGAAAUAUUUAAUGGAUUUCCUGCUCUCAGAAUAUUAAAUAUUUCCUUCAAUUAUAUUCAAUCUAUACCCGACGGAACUUUUACGAAUACAAAAGAAUUAAGAGAAAUCUAUCUAAACAAUAACCAACUGUAUGAAUUGGCUAGAGGCGUCUUUCAUCGAUUAGACCAAUUGCUUGUUUUAGAUUUAUCCAAUAACCAGCUUUCAAGUGCUCAUAUCGAUGGCGGCACAUUUGUUGGUCUCAUAAGAUUAAUCAUUCUUAAUUUAUCUAAUAACGCCUUGACAAGGAUAGAUGGUAAAACAUUUAAAGAUUUGUUCUUUUUGCAAAUAUUAGAUUUAAGAAAUAAUUCUAUUGGUUAUAUUGAAGAGAAUACUUUCCUCCCUCUGUACAAUUUGCAUACUUUAAAUUUAGCGGAAAAUCGCUUGCAUACUAUUGACGAGUUCCUUUUUAAUGGGUUGUUUGUUUUAAGUAAAUUAAAUUUAAAUAAUAAUUUAUUAAUUAACAUACAUGCUAAAUCAUUUAAAAAUUGUUCAGAUUUAAAAGAAUUAGAUUUAAGUUCAAAUCAGCUUACCAAAGUCCCAACUGCAGUUUGGGAGUUAUCAAUGUUGAAAACACUUGACGUGGGCGAGAAUUUAAUAAGCGAAAUUAAAAAUGGCACUUUUAAAAAUUUAGAUCAAUUAACUGGAUUAAGACUUAUCGAUAAUCAAAUUGGAAAUAUAAGCGUGGGUAUGUUUUGGGAUUUGCCUAGUUUACAAGUUUUAAAUUUAGCCAAAAAUAAAAUUCAAUCUGUUGAAAGAGGAACAUUUGAACGUAAUAAGCAAUUAGAGGCGAUUCGAUUAGACGGUAACUUUAUAUCAGAUAUAAAUGGCGUGUUUUCAGCAUUGAUGAGCUUACUUUGGCUUAAUUUGUCAGAAAAUCACUUAAUUUGGUUUGAUUAUGCAUUCAUACCAGCUAACUUGAAAUGGCUAGAUGUGCAUAGUAAUUUUAUAGAACAUUUAGGUAACUAUUAUAAACUUCAAGAUCAAAUUCGAAUAAAGACGUUAGAUGUAAGUCAUAAUCGCAUUGCAGAAAUAUCCCCUUUAGCAAUUCCUAAUAGUGUAGAACUGUUGUUUAUUAACAAUAAUCAUAUCAACAAUAUUCAUGUAAACACUUUCAUUGAGAAACGUAAUCUCACAAGAGUUGAUAUUUACGCUAAUGACAUAUCUCAUUUAGAUAUUAACAGUCUUCGCAUAUACCCUGUCCCGUUAAAUAAGUCGUUACCAGAGUUCUAUAUAGGAGGAAAUCCAUUUGAUUGUGAUUGCUCAAUGGAAUGGUUGCCGAUGAUAAACAACAUGACAGCAAUGAGGCAGCAUCCCAGAAUAAUGGAUCUUGAAAAUGUCUUAUGUAAAAUGACACAUACCAGAGGAGUUUCUCAUAUACCACUGAGUAAUCUUAAAUCGACUGAUUUCCUAUGUACUUAUGAAACACAUUGCUUUACUCUGUGUCAUUGUUGUGAUUACGUGGCCUGCGACUGCCAAAUGACCUGCCCAUUUAACUGUUCCUGUUAUCAUGAUCCUACUUGGCAUACGAAUGUCGUCGAUUGUUCCAGCCAGCAAGCGAAUGAAAUACCAGAAAAAAUACCAAUGGAUGCUACUGAAGUCUACUUAGAUGGAAAUGAUUUUAAAGAAUUGCAAAAUUAUGCAUUCAUCGGAAGGAAAAAUAUGAGAUCGCUUUAUGUUAAUUCAAGUAACGUCGAGAACUUACAUAAUAGGACGUUUGCUGGCUUAUCCUCGCUUAUUAUAUUACAUCUCGGAAGUAAUAAACUGAAAUAUUUAAAUGGGAAUGAGUUUGAACAUCUUACACAACUCAAAGAAUUAUAUUUACAAGACAACUUCAUAAGUUACGCAGAUAAUAGCACUUUUGCUUCUUUACCCUCAUUAGAAAUUUUAAGAUUAGAUGGCAAUAGACUAAUAGAAUUUUCGAUUUGGAGCUUAAGUGUUAAUCAGAAUUUGCAUUCAGUUGCUUUAGGCAAUAAUAUGUGGUCAUGUAAAUGUCGAUAUUUACAAAAGUUUACAGCAUUUUUGUCUGAAAAUGCCGCUACAGUUAGAGAUAUAAAAGAUUUAUGGUGUUGGAAUUUAAACAAUGGAUCACCACAAAAAAGAGAACUAAAUCUGAACGGCACUAUUUGCAGCGAUUAUUAUGCUGGAGAUUCGGUUAUAGAUAAAAUGUUGGUUUCUAAUUACAUGCCUAUGUUAGUGACAACAUUUACUGGAUUUAUGCUUAUUAUGUUAGUGACGUUAACAAUGUUCAUAUUCAGAGAUUCAAUUCGUAUAUGGCUCUAUACUACUUGUGGUAUAAGAUUAUUACCUCUCGCCGGAGCGUACGAUGACAAUGACAAAUUAUACGACGCGUAUGUAUGUUAUAGUCCAAAAGACGACGAUUUUGUCAUACAAACGUUGGCUGCUGAAUUAGAAAACGGAAGUACCUCGUAUCACCUAUGCUUACAUUACAGAGAUAUACCGAGGCAAGGGGCCGCUUACAUACAAUAUGCAUUACCACUGCCGGAAGCAGCAGAAGCUUCAAAGCGAAUAAUACUUGUUUUGACAAGAAAUUUUAUAGAAACCGAAUGGUCCCGUUACGAAUUUCGACAAGCUUUACAUGAUUUAUUAAAACCAAGAAUAUAUACAUUGAUUAUAAUAGAAGAUACCGCAGUUUUACCUGAUGCUCUCUGCGAUUCUGAGUUAAGGCCUUAUUUAAAAACAGCUUCAAGAAUAAGAUUAGGUCAGAAUAAAUUCUGGGCAAGCCUCCGGUUAGCUAUGCCCGUAAAGAAACGAAAAACAAAAUCUUCAAGUUACAAGAACAACUUGAAUUCUUAUACUAUGAGAAGUGGUGUACAUAAUGGAACGAUGAGAUCUUUUUCAUUCACAGAAAAAACGAGAGACCAUGUCAAUGAUGCCUCUAAUCACGAAUUUUCGGAAAGUCAUAUGCAACAUGCACAAAGAAUAUACGGCCUAAAUGGUAGGCCACCAUCGGAUCAUAUUUACACUUCUAUUGAUUCCGAUUACUCUUCCCUGGAAUUAGGUGGUAAUAAUACGAAUCGGAGAAGAGAUUUAAGGAUUUGGCCGCCACCACCUCCCAUAGUUGACAAUCAGCGUUCAGGUCAAGCUUAUCUAGUCUAGUAUUUAAGCUUUCGUGCAACUUUCUUUUUAUUUAUAAUUUAGUCAAUGCUUGUUGUGUAAAUUAUAUUGACUGCAAUGCUCGCUUACCAAAUAACUAAGAUUAUUGUCUAUUUUUGUAUUUCUAGCCAUUUCAAACGGCAUUAAUUUCAUAACAUUGUUGUAAAUACAUUCUAUAAGACUGCUGUAGAAUAUGUGAAUUUGUAUAUAAUUUGUAAAUAAAUGUCCAUAGGAGUCACAAGUAUACCUAUUUAUAUACUUUAAUA